AUGGCGACCUUGGAAACUCCGCACAACGUCAUCCAACCCGGAGUAGCACCAACUCUUCAUCGCGAGUAUGACGAACUCUCUUCUUCGUUUCCUCCUCCGUUUGGACCCAAUGAUAUUGGCUUUCCUGGUCGAGUUGAAGGCGAGAUGCCCGACUUAGUUGUACACGGCACCGUGCCAAAACAACUUGACGGCACCUUUUAUCGCAUCAUGAUUGACCCUUUCUAUCCCCUCGCUCCGGGCAAUCCUCCUAUAGAAGGUGACGGCAACGUCUCGGCCUUUCGAUUCAAGGAUGGCAAGGUAGAUAUGAAGGUCCGAUACAUCGAAACCGAACGGCUCAAGCUCGAGCGACAGGCGAACAAGAGACUAUUUGGCCUGUAUCGCAAUCCGUUUUCUCAUCAUCCUUGCGUGAGAGCUGCAGUCGACUCGACCGCAAACACAAAUUUGGUCUACUGGGGAGGUCACCUCCUAGGGCUGAAGGAAAAUGGACUUCCGUAUGCCCUGGACCCAGAUACGCUGGAGACAAAAACUUACGAUCCUUUCAAAUCUCCGGGCAAGACUUUCACUGCACACCCAAAGAUCGAUCCGUUUUCGAAUGAGUUAGUCACUUAUGGCUAUGAGGCUACAGGCCUUGGUUCAAAGGACAUUGUGGUGUACUCUUUGAGUAAGGAUGGCCAUGUCCUGAACGAACAAUGGAUCACUGGCCCAUGGUGUGCGCCUAUUCACGACUGCGCUAUCACGACAAAUUUCAUCAUACUGAUCCUGUGGCCAUAUGAGGCGGAUAUGGAAGGCAUGAAGCAGGGUGGCUCGCACUGGAUCUGGACAGAGAAAUACCCGCUCACUUUUCUGGUCCUUCCUCGACGAAAAGAUCAACUGCCAAGAGGCUGGCAACCUGGAGAGCACCGCGUGUAUCAAUGGACUCGCCCUGCUUUCCUCAUCCAUGCCGCAUCGGCAUGGGAAGAUGCGGCUGAAAAUAUUUGUCUCGAAACAUCCCGCGUCUACACAAACCUUUUCCCAACUUUUGGUGGCCUCACGCCUGACAAUGACCCAACUGCCGACUUCGUGCGCUGGACAAUCGAUCCACGGCAGCCAAGUCACACUGUCAUACCGGAUCCGGAGGUUGUUCUCGAUCUUCCGUCGGAAUUUCCUCGCACUGAUGAACGACUUCUCGGUAAACAUUAUAAUCUCAUGUUUGUGCCAGUUGUCGCCCCCCUCGAGGAAGACAACGGAAUGCCGUUGCCCUUGGCGCUCAACGGACUUGUCAAGCUUGACAAAAGAACCAAGGAGCGAGUCAUAUUCUUCCCCGGGCCGAAAUGCGUUGUUGAAGAACCGAUAUUUGUCCCGCGAAGUGCCAACAGCCCCGAAGGAGAUGGAUGGGUCAUAGUCAUGAUUCAGCGGGUAGAGAAGCGUCGGAGCGACCUUGUGGUUCUAGACACAACCAACUUUUCGAAACCAGUGGCUAUAGUUGAGCUUCCCCUCUAUGUACGAAACCAGAUUCACGGUAACUGGGUGGAUCAUACGCUCCGCAACGAGGGGACCAUCAAGCCUUUGUGCCGUUCGCAUUGGACUGUUCAAGUUAGCGGGAAAGGCUCUCUGGAGCCUAUGUAG